CUUCAUGGAGCGGCCCCGGCCCGGCCGCCGGGGGCAGCGCGAUCCCUCGGGGCCCUGUGAGCCCCCAGCGCCACGGCACCAUGUUGCUGGUUGAGAAGACAACAGACUCGCCAGCGGUUGAGUUCUCGCUGGUGGAGGACGUGGCACUGCACUUCGCCUGCUUGAUGGGCCGCCUGAACGAGCAGCGCCUCUUCCAGCCUGACCUCUGCGACGUGGAUCUGGUGCUGGUGCCCCAGCGCAGUGUCUUCCCGGCACACAAGGGCGUGCUGGCCGCCUACAGCCAGUUCUUCCACUCACUCUUUACCCAGAACAAGCAGCUGCAGCGCGUGGAGCUGUCCCUGGAGGCGCUGGCGCCCGGCGGCCUGCAGCAGAUCCUCAACUUCAUCUACACGUCCAAACUGCUGGUCAACGCGGCCAACGUCCACGAGGUGCUCAGUGCCGCCUCAUUGCUGCAGAUGGCUGACAUCGCCGCGUCCUGCCAGGAGCUGCUAGAUGCCCGCUCCCUAGGCCCCCCGGGCCCCAGCGCUGUGGCCCUGACCCAGCCGACCACUGGCUGCACCCCUGCUGCACCGCCCUACUACUGCGACAUCAAGCAGGAGGCAGACGCCCCAGGCCUGCCCAAGAUCUAUGCCCGCGAGGGCCCUGACCCCUACUCUGUGCGUGUUGAGGACGGGGCCGGGGCUGGGGGCGCAGGUGGCCCGGUGCCUGCUGCCAUUGGGCCGGCCCAGCCCUUCUUCAAGGAGGAGAAGGAGGGCGGUGUCGAGGAGGCUGGUGGGACCCCUGGCAGCCUGUGUAAGCUGGAGGGUGGGGAGGGGCUGGAGGAAGAGCUAGGGGGUUCUGGCACCUACAGCCGCCGGGAGCAGUCCCAGAUCAUUGUGGAGGUGAACCUUAACAACCAGACUCUGCACGUGUCCACGGGGCCCGAGGGGAAGCCGGGGACCACCACGGGACCGGCCACCAUGGUGCUGGGCCGGGAAGAUGGGCUGCAGAGACACUCAGAGGAGGAGGAGGAGGAGGAAGAAGAGGAGGAGGAGGAGGAAGAAGAGGAAGAGGAGGGUGGUGGCAGUGGAGGGGAGGAGGAGGAGGAGGAAGAGGAGGUAGAGGAGGGUGGCAGUCAGGGAGAGGAGGAAGAUGAGGAGGAAGGGCACAGCGAGCAGGAGGAGGAAGAGGAGCAGGAAGAGGAAGGGCACAGUGAACAGGAGCAAGAGAGCUCAGAGGAGGAGGAGGGGGAGGGGGAGGUGGGGGGCCGGCAGGGGCCGGCGGGGCGGCGGGGCAGCAGGGCAGAGCCCCCUCCCCAUGGUCACAUGGCCACGCGGUCCCGAGAGAACGCCCGGCGCCUGGGCCCCCCUGAGCCUGAGGAGACCAGGCCACGGGGUGGGAAGAGGCCCAAGCCCGCGCCCGGAGCCUCUGCAUCGGCCCGAGGGCCACAGGCCACUGAUGGGCUGGGGGCCAAGGUGAAGCUGGAAGAGAAGCAGCACCACCCAUGCCAGAAGUGCCCUCGCGUCUUCAACAACCGCUGGUACCUGGAGAAGCACAUGAACGUGACCCACAGCCGCAUGCAGAUCUGCGACCAGUGCGGCAAGCGCUUCUUGCUGGAGAGUGAGCUGCUGCUGCACCGGCAGACAGACUGCGAGCGCAACAUCCAGUGUGUGACCUGUGGUAAAGCUUUUAAGAAGCUCUGGUCCCUCCACGAGCACAACAAGAUCGUACAUGGCUAUGCAGAGAAGAAGUUCUCCUGUGAGAUCUGCGAGAAGAAGUUCUAUACCAUGGCCCACGUGCGCAAGCACAUGGUUGCCCACACCAAGGACAUGCCCUUCACCUGUGAGACCUGCGGGAAGUCCUUCAAACGAAGCAUGUCUCUCAAAGUGCACUCACUGCAGCACUCUGGGGAGAAACCCUUUAGAUGCGAGAACUGCAAUGAGCGCUUCCAGUACAAGUAUCAGCUGCGGUCACACAUGAGCAUCCACAUCGGCCACAAGCAGUUCAUGUGCCAGUGGUGUGGCAAGGACUUCAACAUGAAGCAGUACUUCGAUGAGCACAUGAAGACCCACACAGGGGAGAAGCCGUACAUCUGUGAGAUCUGCGGCAAGAGCUUCACCAGCAGGCCCAACAUGAAGCGGCACCGGCGCACGCACACCGGCGAGAAGCCUUACCCCUGCGACGUGUGCGGCCAGCGCUUCCGCUUCUCCAACAUGCUCAAGGCCCACAAGGAGAAAUGCUUCCGCGUCAGUCACCCCCUGGCCAGCGACGGCGCCGCUUCUGCCCCAGGCCUGUCCCCGUCCCAGCCUCCGGCCCACACACUGCCCCUGCUCCCGGGGCUGCCCCAGACCCUGCCACCCCCGCCCCACCUGCCGCCCCCACCGCCACUCUUCCCCACUACUGCCAACUCCGGCGGGAGGAUGAGCGCCAACAACUGACUGCCGAACCGUGCGUGCGUGGGGCAUGGAGCCCGGGGCCGCCUCCGGGAGGGAUCCCCCUGCCCCCCCUCCUUCCGGUUGGAGGGCAGCAGCACUGGCCUGGCACCGCCGCCCUCACCUCCAGAGGUGGCUGGACACAUGCUGCCCGGGGCCCCCGGCGCUGGGGGAAGGACACCUCACUCCCAAGUGCCCCCCUUUCAGUGACUCCUUGAAGCCUUUACUUUUUUUUUUUUUUUGGAAGUGGAGGAAAAAGAAAAGAGAGGAAACUAUUUCCAGUACCCCCUCCAGGUGAGGGGGGUGCUCGAGGCACAGGUACAGCAGGGAGGGAGGGGCUGGGGAGCAGGUGUGACCCAGUUGCUCUGCUGAUGCCUAAGCCGGAGGGGGUUGGCCAAUCCAAGCCUGGGUCAGCUGCAGUGGCUCAUCUCUGCCUCCCUUGUGCCCCGUCAUCUUGGGGAGUUUGGGGAAGAGUUGGGGUAUCAGCCACUCCCCCUUCUCCAGAAGGAGUCGUGGACCCAGUCUGAGGCCUGUGGACACUGAGGCACGGGCUUGAGUCUGGAUGCCUGUGAGUGUGCUGUGGGAGAGGUGGCGAAGUGCAAAGGCUGCAUACCCAGCUUUGCACUGUGUGCAGUGUGGUGGGCAGGGGCUGGACCCCAGGCAUUUGCUCUCCCGCCCACUACCCUGCCAGCAGAGAGCCUGAGCUAUACCAGACUGCGUUGAGGUCCCUGAGUCCAGGAGAGGACGUCCCCAGCAGCCACUGGGCCUCUGGGGCAGGGGAGGAACUGGGGGCUAGGCCCAGGGUGGACAGAUGGGCUGGCUCCGGCAGUGCCAGAUCCCCCGGGCUGCAGCCAACGGCCCUGCAAAUGGGUGGACACUAGGGGCAGGGCCCUGAGAAGGAGACCCGGGCAAAUGUUUUGAGGUUUCAAGGUGCUAUCAGCGGGGCCGGGGUAGGGCUGCUGUUCACAGAGCACCUCGUCCCCCACCAGCUGCCCUGGUCAUCCUUCCCACACCAGAGGAGAUGUGUCUGUGUCUGUACCCAUCCCGGCUCCGAAGGCAGAGGCCUCACCUUCCUAGGCCUGCAGCAUCCCUGUCUCCCCUGGGCCUCUGUGCUGUGGUCAGGGCGCCUGUAGCACUGUUGGUGAGAGGGGCCUGCACAUUCAGGCCCCGGGGUGGGGGCGAGAGCCCUGGGGGAGCCCCAGCCUGUGCCCAAUGCUUGCCCCCAUGAGGCUGGCACUAAUAGGACACCCUUUUUUGUUGUCAUUUAACGUCUUUAUCCCUGCCUUUAAGAUGGGGAGGAAGGUUCCAUAAGCUACGUGUUUCCUAGUUAAGCUCUUUCCUUUUGUGUUUAUACAGUUUUGUUUGUUAUACUCUGCACCUUAAACUCCCACGACUACCCCCACACCACCACCUUCCCAAGCAUGGCUGGAGUGGGAAGAGGCCUAGGCCCUGGGGGGAGGGACAGUGGCAGGGGGCAGGGGGAGUGGGCCCCAUCAGCCCAAGGGCUGAGGGGGUCAGAACCCCUUUGACCUCCUUGUGAGGCCCAUGGCACUGGGGUGGGGGCUGGGGACAUUUUAAUCAUCAAUAAACGAAGCACUUUAUUCUGUA